AUGAUCGAAGAUACGGCGGCACUCGCUGCGGCCGCAGAGCUCAUCGCCUCGCUCGCCUGCGACCCUACCUCUACUUCCACGCCGAUAUCAGUAGGGCCCGGCUCUAGCAUCAAGCUACCAGGCCGUGAGAACCCUGCAAAACGGACCCUGGAGAUUGAGCUGGAGAAGCUCGCCCUUCGCAUUUCUCAGUUAGAGAGCAGAGCGUCUGUCUCGGCCACGGCCGUCUUCCCGGAGACGCCCAACGAAGUCAACGACACACUAUUCAACGAUGAGGUUGAAAACGGCGCCUCCCCUGUGGCCUCCCAGCCAAGGUUGUCCCAGGCUCAACAGUCCCAGGCUCAACAAGGUAGCUUGGACAGUCCGAUUUUUGUAUCCCGCCAGCUGACCAAGGAAGCGCUGCAAGGACUGCGCGAUCAUGUUGACGACCAGUCCAAGCUCCUAGACAGUCAACGCCAGGAACUUGCUGGCGUCAACGCGCAGUUAUUAGAACAGAAACAGCUCCAGGAGCGUGCCCUCCAGAUGAUCGAGCUGGAGCGGGUAGCCACGCUCGAACGAGAGCUGUGGAAGCAUCAGAAAGCCAACGAGGCCUUCCAAAAGGCCCUCCGAGAGAUUGGUGAGAUUGUCACUGCCGUAGCCCGCGGUGACCUGACCAUGAAGGUCCGCAUGAACUCCGUCGAAAUGGACCCCGAAAUCACAACCUUCAAGCGCACCAUCAAUGCCAUGAUGGACCAGCUGCAGACCUUUGCCAGUGAAGUGUCUCGUGUCGCUCGCGAGGUCGGAACUGAGGGUCUACUUGGCGGCCAAGCCCGUAUUGGUGGUGUUGACGGUGUAUGGAAAGAGUUGACUGACAAUGUCAACGUAAUGGCACAGAAUCUCACGGAUCAAGUGCGAGAAAUUGCCUCCGUCACAACAGCCGUCGCUCACGGCGACUUGACAAAGAAGAUUGAACGACCAGCAAGAGGAGAAAUCUUGCAGUUGCAGCAGACUAUCAACACCAUGGUGGAUCAACUUCGAACAUUUGCAUCUGAAGUCACGCGCGUAGCAAGAGAUGUCGGAACCGAGGGUAUCUUAGGUGGCCAGGCUGAUGUUGGCGGAGUCAAGGGCAUGUGGAAUGAUCUGACUGUAAACGUCAAUGCCAUGGCAAACAACUUGACGACUCAGAAAGUCCAAGCCGAAUGCAGAGGAGAAAUGUUCAAGCUCAAGUCCACCAUCAACUCCAUGGUUGAUCAGCUGCAGCAAUUCGCUCGCGAAGUUACAAAGAUUGCCAGAGAAGUCGGAACUGAAGGUCGUCUUGGUGGUCAAGCCACUGUUCAUGACGUUGAGGGCACAUGGAGAGAUCUUACUGAAAACGUCAACGGCAUGGCCAUGAAUUUGACGACACAAGUGCGAGAGAUUGCCAAGGUUACCACGGCUGUCGCCAGGGGUGAUCUUACCAAGAAGAUUGGGGUCGAAGUCAAGGGAGAGAUUUUGGAACUCAAGAACACUAUCAACCAGAUGGUGGACCGCCUGGGCACAUUCGCCGUCGAAGUGAGCAAAGUGGCCCGAGAAGUCGGUACAGAUGGUACGCUUGGUGGCCAGGCCCAGGUGGCCAAUGUUGAGGGCAAGUGGAAGGAUCUAACUGAAAAUGUCAACACAAUGGCGUCGAAUCUCACUGUCCAGGUGCGAAGUAUCUCUGCUGUCACACAGGCCAUUGCCAACGGAGACAUGAGUCAAACAAUUGAUGUGGAGGCAAAUGGUGAGAUACAAGUGCUGAAAGAGACCAUCAACAACAUGGUUUCCCGUUUGUCUAGCUUCUGUUACGAAGUGCAACGAGUUGCCAAGGAUGUCGGUGUCGAUGGCAAGAUGGGAGCUCAAGCAGAUGUAGCUGGGCUGAACGGACGAUGGAAAGAAAUCACUACUGAUGUCAACACUAUGGCCAGCAACUUGACCACUCAAGUGCGUGCCUUCUCUGAUAUCACAAACUUGGCUACGGACGGCGACUUCACCAAGCUCGUCGACGUGGAGGCCUCGGGAGAAAUGGACGAGCUCAAGAAGAAGAUUAACCAGAUGAUAUCAAAUCUGAGAGACAGUAUCCAGAGGAACACACAGGCCAGAGAGGCUGCCGAGUUAGCCAACAAGACCAAGUCCGAAUUCCUCGCAAACAUGUCCCACGAGAUUCGAACUCCGAUGAAUGGUAUUAUUGGAAUGACGCAGCUCACUCUGGAUACCGACUUGACCCAGUACCAGCGAGAAAUGCUAAACAUUGUCAAUGAUCUUGCCAACAGCCUGUUGACCAUCAUUGACGACAUCCUGGAUUUGUCCAAGAUUGAAGCUAGGAGAAUGGUUAUUGAAGAGAUCCCGUAUACGCUGCGAGGCACAGUCUUUAAUGCGCUAAAGACUCUCGCAGUCAAGGCGAACGAGAAGUUCCUUGAUCUUACCUAUAAGGUAGACAGCUCCGUGCCUGACUACGUCAUCGGAGAUUCGUUCCGUCUGAGACAGAUUAUCCUGAACCUCGUGGGCAAUGCCAUCAAGUUUACCGAGCACGGCGAGGUCAGCUUAACCAUUCAAGAACAAGAAGAUAAGAGGCAUGUCGGUCCUGGCGAAUACGCCAUUGAAUUCAUUGUGGAGGACACUGGAAUUGGCAUUGCUAAGGACAAGCUCAACCUCAUCUUCGACACUUUCCAGCAGGCCGAUGGUUCAAUGACACGCAAGUUUGGUGGAACGGGUCUCGGCCUGUCCAUUUCGAAGCGAUUCGUCAACCUCAUGGGCGGAGACCUCUGGGUUAACAGCGAGGUCGGCAAGGGAAGCGAAUUCCACUUUACUUGCCGCGUGAAGCUCGCCGAUGUGCACGCAGAAAGUGUUCAGCAGCAACUGAAGCCUUACCGCGGCCACCAGGUUCUCUUUGUCGACAAGUCGCAGUCAAACGCGGCCACACACAUUGGAGAAAUGUUGGAAGAGAUCGGGCUACACCCCGUUGUCGUUAAUUCCGAAAAGAGCUCGGCUCUUACUCGCCUUAAGGAGGGCGGCGCUUUGCCAUAUGACGCCAUCAUCGUUGACUCAAUUGAUACUGCUAGGAGAUUGAGAGCGGUAGAUGACUUUAAGUACCUCCCUAUUGUCCUGCUCGCUCCCGUGGUUCACGUGAGCUUGAAGUCCUGCCUGGACCUCGGUAUCACAUCUUACAUGACAAUGCCAUGCAAGCUGAUUGACCUGAGCAACGGCAUGAUCCCCGCCCUGGAGAACAGAGCCACGCCAUCUCUCGCGGAUGUUACCAAGUCCUUUGAGAUCCUCCUUGCUGAGGAUAACACGGUCAACCAGAAACUGGCCGUGAAGAUUCUUGAGAAAUACCACCACGUUGUCACUGUUGUGGGCAACGGCUGGGAGGCUGUCGAGGCCGUGAAGCAGAAGAAGUUUGAUGUGAUUCUCAUGGAUGUUCAGAUGCCCAUCAUGGGAGGAUUUGAGGCCACCGGCAAGAUCCGUGAAUACGAGCGUGGCAUGGGAACACACAGAACUCCCAUCAUUGCUCUUACAGCCCACGCUAUGAUGGGUGAUCGCGAAAAGUGUAUCCAAGCCCAGAUGGACGAGUACCUGUCCAAGCCCUUGCAGCAGAACCAGCUCAUCCAAACCAUUCUCAAGUGCGCCACUCUCGGAGGUGCGCUGCUAGAGAAGAACCGCGAGCGAGAACUGGCGCUGCAAGCGGAAGCCAAGGCGUCUGGACGCUUGGAGGGCGAAAGGGGCAUGUUGCGCCCAAGCCUUGAGGGCAGAUCGUUUACCACCAGGGAGCCCAUGACCAAGAACAGGCCAUCGCUCACCAAGGCGACUAGCAAAGCACUGGAAGAAGCGCGAAACGCAGCAGCAGCAAAUGCUGGCCUAAGAUUCAACGAUGAGUAUGGUGCCGAUUUGAUAGAGGAGCUGGAUGACCUAGAAGAAGAGGAUUCGUUUUCAAAAGCACGCGAAGAACUUGCUGAUAGACGAAGCCUCUCAAGUUAA